AUGUACCUCAGCGCAUUCCAGCUGAACGACUCCAAAUCCACGCCAAACACUCUUUUCGUCGACGGAGCAAGUCGACCACGUCAAGGACGUCACGCCUGCCAAACGUUUCUCUGCAGCAAAGCUGACGAAGCAGAAAUCUGA